GCCCUGGACCCCCGCUCGAUCCAGAAGUCUCGCAGCUUUUCUUUAUCACUAGUGAAGCAGGAUUCAGGACACAGUGAGGACUCGGGCGUGGAUGUGCUGACCCCAAAAUCCGCUGGUCCUGUGCCUAAAGUUGUGGCAUCCUCCGGAUUGUUUGGAUCAGGAGGGAUGGACGGUGGUCAAAGGCUGGCAGCGGACCAG